AGGGAUAGAGGAUAACAGUGGGUUGCUAGAAGGACCGUUUAUCCCCAUUUAAUCAUGUGAGGGAUUGAAGAGGGCUUUUUUAUCAACAUGAGGUCGGAUUUUCUGGGGAGACAGUUGAUAUUGAGGCGCCGUGCAGGCUGCUGACGGGCAGGAAUGCACAGAGGAGGUCAUUUUCCCGGACUGGGGUAGAGGUGGGAGGCAACGGCCCCCGCAGAGCUGCGAGACCAGCUAGCUUAAAACAAGCAUGACUUCCGGAUAAGAUUUUCAAAAUUAAAAAAAAACACAGACCGGGAGUUGUUUUGUUAAACAUUCCGAGACCUUUACUCGUGCACCUGAAACCCCUCAGAUGAAGAAGUGACGGACUUACCUGAAUGCUGUAACGCUGCUAGUGCUAGCUCUUAAUAAACGCAAGAUUGACACACGUACUGCUUUUACUUAGAAGUCGAUUUUGCUCUAUUUCCGGCUUAACGGCUGUCGGCGACUUGUAGCUUGACACAUACAAGAAGGGGUGAAGUUACAAAGCCUUGAACCAAAACAAGACUUUACAGCCUGUAGUGGACAACGAAGCCUUGUUAUGAAUGGGACCUACCUCCUCUCACUGUGCGUUUUUCGAUUCAAAUGCCUUUUAAACCGGAGGGUCCGUCGUUUAUCUGAAACCGGAGCCUCGGUGGAAAAUACGGCACGGUUGGAUUAAUAACGGUUGGAAUAUUUCAGCGGAUGCACUCAAACGAAAAAAAAACCCCUGAUAACGAGAUGAACUUGUGCCUGUGAUACUCACAUGUUUACCCUUGAAAAUCAACAUGUACUGUUUAACACUGACAACUAAGGAGAGGCUCUUGUAGCUGGAGGAGGAUUGCCUACCUUUACACUUUCUCCUCCUCCUCCUCCUCCCUCUGGCCCUCCUGGGAUCAAUGACUGGACCCAACUCCCCGAGCCGGGCCGGCACCUCCCCGGCUAAGCUGAGCAGGCACGGCCGGUCCAAGAGCACCAGCUCACACUGCCUCCUCCGCUGCAGCACCCAGGAGGAGUCCUCCGCCUCUCCUCCUAACAACAGCUCCCGGUCGCCCGGGGAGGAAGAGGAGAAGGAUGGAGGUGUGCUCUUCUACGUUAACCGCACCGGUUUUCCCAUCGAGAGCGUCACCUGGGAGAGGAUGUGGUCCCAUGUGGCCGUUGUGCACCCUGAGGGCCAGGAAAUGGUGGACAGGAUACGAAAUGCUGCAUACCUUCCCAAGCAUCCCGUUCCCUCCGUCCCGACCUUCAAACCGUCCAUGUCGGUCCCAGACUGGCUGGUGGCCAUCCAGAACUACAUGAAGGCUCUGCAAUACAACCACACAGGAACCCAGUUCUUUGAGAUCAAGAAGAGCCGUCCGCUGUGUGGGUUAAUGGAGACGGCGAGAGAAAUGAUCAGGGAGUCUUUGCCAAUCAAAUGUCUGGAAGCCGUCAUCUUGGGAAUCUAUCUGACCAAUGGGUUGACAUCUCUCGAGCGUUUCCCCAUCAGCUUUAAGACCCAGUUUUCGGGCCACUGCUUCCACCACGUCGUGCUGGGCGUAUACUGCAACGGCCGCUACGGUUCGCUCGGCAUGAGCCGCCGCCAGGACCUGAUGGACAAACCGCUGACUCACCGCACGCUGGGAGAACUGGUGGCAGAGUUUGAGAACUCCUACAAGAGAUACCAGCACACCCUGAAGAAGGUGAAGAUCGGCCUGUACGUGCCUCACGACCCCCACAUCUUCCAGCCAAUCGAGUGGAAGCAUUUGGUGCUGAAUGCGGCCAGACUGGGAGCUCAGGAGAUGAGGAAGGAGCUGGAGAAACAUGGCCGGGACAUGAGGAUGAAGAUCCUGAAAUCGUCCAGCGCCCAGUCACCAAUCAAGGAACGGAGCCGGGGGAAAUCCUUAUCACCACGCCGACGUCAGAGCAGCCCCCAGCGACGCUUCACGCAGCGCAGAGACAAAUCGCCGGCCUCGGUGGAGAGGAAACCUCCAGAGCUCAGCACUCUCAACGACGGCUACCAGAUCCGCAUCUGACGGGCCACCUCCUUCACCUCACAGUCCUCCCGAAUCCGUCCGGACCUCUCAGCCUUCCUGAAACAAAGAGUCUACCAGCCACCAGCGUUACUGGAAGAGGAGUCACUGCAGCUACUGUUAGCUGUUUGGAUUAGACGAAGACAAAGGUGGACGAUGAACACACACGUUAAUAUGUUACAAGAGCUUCACGGUGGACACUGUUUACCCGUUUAGUAGCAAUGAAUCCUCGACAACCACCUCGACCCCGACAGCCGCCACGCACAGUCACACACUUCAGUCAUGUAGCUGAAACACUUUCCCUCUGAAGAAAGACGAGCGCAUUUCUACAUUUCUAACAUUUAAAUCAACCAGUAGUGAGAAACUGAACACUGAGAGCCGUCGUGUCCUGACAACAGACGCAACCAAGUAUUUCUCUGACCGCUAGGUGACAAAGUGUCAAGAAGGGCUUGAACAGGUUAGCAUUUGUCAAUAAAAAUAGAUUGAUUUAUUCUUCAGUGAAAAGGACAAGUCGCCAUGUGGGAACAAAACAAAACCAGAUGAAUUUCUUUGUGGUUUAGGCAUGUUUUUAUGUAAAAUUAUUAUCAUGAAGCCACUUUUAUAGCACAGUUUUAGGGUUCAGAAUGAAGGCAGUCAGUGUUUUUUACAGCAGGUGUAGUUGUCUUCUCGACUACUGCAGCACUUCGGCUUCAUCUUAAAGAGAAAUAAACAAUCUGGAGGAACGUUCUGAUAAUCGGUCCGUUAAUAGAGCAUAUCACAACUGUUCAAAGUCAUAUUUUAGUUCCGCUUUUCCAAAACCCUCCUGAACCACCGGAGCGGUUUCAAUAAGACGACUACGUAGACUUCCGUAUGCAGGUUGUAUUGAUCAGAGAGAGAGAGGACGAGUUUAGAAUAAGGAGAGGGACGUUCGAUAAGGUAUGCAGCGAAAUCAAAGACGCAGAGUCGAUAGAGAGGAAAAGAGAGGAAGAAGAAGAAGAAGAGGAGGAGGAGGAGAGAUGAAGAGAGAGGUUUCACUGCAGAAGAUCAGAGAAUGAUCAUUAGAGCACUGCGGCAAACCUCCCCUCUCUCUCUCUCUCUCUCUCUCUCUCUCCCUCUGCUCCUCUUCUUUUGCCCUCUGUUGACACAUAACCGGAGCUCAGUUUCCAUCCGAGCUUCCUGAACGUCAGAACAAAACUCCACCAGCAGAGAAAUGGAAAGACUGUCUCAAUAACUGAGCACCAAUGGUCACAAUAUUUUAUAUGUUUUUUAUAUGAAGACAAAAAUCUCACAACUGAACCAUGAAUUCGGCAGAUCAUUUGAACUUUACAUGAUUAUUUAUUAAACAACAUGAUUUCUAUGGUUAUUUAUUGUGUCAUUGGAAGGGAAAAGGUUCCUCUACUGUAGGAUAUUAAUGUUGUUGAUUCCUCAACCUACAAUCUGAGGUUUCAGCAGUUGAUUAAAGGGAUGUGAGAUGUGACCUUUUUCUUACUGAAUACAUUAAACUCUUCAAGCCAAAUCAGCUCAUGUACUCAAUGAGCCCAAAACCUGUGAUGAGAAGUCAACAUGGCUUCAUUUUAAAGGGCAACCACUGAUCAGGACCAGUGAUUUUUGUGUUUUUGGCCUGAAGAGUUAAAAGUAUCCAGUAUUACGCAAGAAAAAACAUCCUUCAACUAACUGUUAAUCUAAAACUACUGGAGAAAAGUCAGAAGACUCAACGUUAAUCAGCUGGUGACCCCUCAGAGACACUAGACAGUAACUGUAGUAAAAAGAUACAUCAGCUAAGACUGAAACAUGAAAGAUAAAGAAUCAGCUACAAAUCUGAUGAAUGUUGAGAUAAACUGACAACACUGAGGACUAAACCUCCUCAGCUUUAGAGAGUUUUAUCCUGAAUCAAUCUCCAGUAUUUCCACAGAAAGCUAGCUGGAGUUUUGUAUUAGUUGAUGGAGAUCAGCUGUAGCCCGCCCGUGUGUUCACACAGUAAACCAACAUACCGUCAGCCAGCUGCCGCCAUCACAGCUGCUGCUGCUGCAACAGCUGGAAAAAUAAAACGAUUCCACGAGCGACUCGUCCGAGUUCAGCUGCAGCCAGUUCGACCGCUCGGACAGAGAGUGAGAGCAGAUGUUGCAACAAAAGCCUCGUUCAAGGCUGAUUGAUACGACGGAGAGACGACACGCUGUCAGAGGACGUCGGGUCAGGACCCUUCAAGGGCUUGUUGAUUCAUUUUUGGCGACGAAAAUGACGAAUGGUGAAAUCAUUUUCUAAUAAAGAGAUUAAUCAGUCAAACGGGCUCCGCUUUGACAACCUGAAACAUCAAAAACUUCAAUGUAGUUUUUCAAUCAGUGAAUCAUAUUUUGAGUUCUUUGUGUGUGUCAGGAAACCACGUCAGCGCUCGACGAAGCGUCUUCUCGCUCCGUGAAGCUUCAGUAACAAGUGGCCUACAAGAGUCCGUUCAGUACUGUAUGCACUGUUUCACGCCCGUAAUACGCGCGUGACGUAUCAUAAGGAUUAUCCAGAAAUCUAAUCCAGUUUGAAUAUUUGUGAUUGUUUUUUUUUUUUGGAUUCUCCUGUUGAGGCCUUCGAUGAAUCACAGCUUGAAAUCUCACAUCACACACGUGUGUCCAGUAAUGAUACAAACAGGAGAAUAUGACAUAUCAAAGCCAGAGAUAAUUCCAAACACAGAUUACGGACAUGUAUUUUUUAGACAUACUGUACUUAGAAACAGUAUAUAUGCAUGUACAUCCAGACAUAUCUACAUGUUUAUCACAUCCAUAGAACCUCCAUGUAUUGUACAGUUUAAGCCUUCAGACUGAGAACUAUGCAAGUCAGUUUUCCUCAAGAGGUUUGUGAGUCGUCCUCUGCUGUCCAGCUGUAACUACAGUAGGGGUUACAUACCUCGCUAAAGGGCAAAUAUGGCUUUUUCAUCCAGAAGUCCAUGUUUUAAACCAACAUUUUUCAAGCCUCAUUGUCUAGAAGUUGGAUUAAUUAAAGCCUUUAGGAUACUUGAAAACAUGACAAUGAACUUCUAUAGUUUUCAUCUGAAGGAUUAACUUGAAGAAAAGUAUUUGUUUUCCAAAACUAAGAUCACUUUUGUUUCAUUUAAGAUGCAUCAGGCAACUUUUUUUUGACACUGAGAGGGAGACCAGUAAACUCCCGUCAUAGUGCUGGUGUCUGUGCUUGAACAGUGUUUAAAAGGUACCCUGUGAAGUUUUUGACCACUAGAGGCGACAUAGAGCAAUGUUUUUAAGAGUUACGCACCAACAAAGAAGACUGCUAGCAAGCAAAAAUGGAUGUAAACGAUGUAGAUUUCCUUCAAAA